AUGGCAUCAAACUUUGACCCAGCCGCAUACGAUGGCGUCGACCUGGCUGUGACCGGUGCCAAGCAGCCGUUCCUGGCCCGCCGGGGCUACGUGCAUGCUACGUGGGCACGCACCUUUGCCUCACGGCCGGAGCUGUUCAUCCAGCCGUCCACCGUGGACGAGGUCGAGCAGGUGGUCAAGCUCGCGCGCCACCGCCGCCGGCGCAUUGCCACUACGGGCUGUGGCCACUCGCCGUCAGACAUGACGUGCACCAGCAGCUGGCUGGUCAACCUGGACCGCCUCAACCGCGUCAUUGCAGUCGACCGUACCUCGUGCCAGGUAACCGUCGAGGCCGGUAUUCGGCUCUUUGACCUAAGCGCCGAGCUUGCCAAGCACGGCCUAGCCCUACCGAACCUGGGCAGCAUCAAUGAGCAGUCGCUUGCAGGCGCAUGCGCCACGGGAACACACGGCAGCAGUCUGCGGCACGGCCUGCUGUCGGACGACAUUGUGGCGCUCCGAAUCACGCUGGGCGACGGCACCACCAAGACAUGCACACGCGACACGGCCGACGCCGACGAGAACGACCUGUUUCGAGCCGCCUUGCUGUCCCUAGGCACGCUGGGCAUCGUCGUGGAAAUUACGCUGCGCGCCGUACCUGCGUUCCGGCUCAGCUGGUCGCAGACGGUGGACAAGGACUCUGUUGUUUUUGACGCCUGGAAGCGCGGCGACACGGACGGCACCGCGCGGCACAGCGAGCUGUGGACCCAGGCGCACUUUGUGCGCGUGUGGUGGUUCCCCUACACCCGGCGGGCGGUCGUGUGGGCGGCGGACGACUGCGCCAAAACCCCCGAGGAGCAGCCCGACUUCACGCCGCCCACGUCCUACUACGACAGCACCCUCGGCUACCUUGUGUACCACAACCUGCUGUACCUGUCCCGCUUCGUGCCGCGCAUCCUGCCGUGGAUCGAGUGGUUUGUCUUCGGCAUGCAGUAUGGCUUCCGCAACGGCUCCACGACGUCCGGGUUGCAGCCCAGCGACAAAGCCCUGCUGAUGAACUGCCUGUACUCGCAGUUCGUCAACGAGUGGGCCAUUCCGCUUGCGCGCGGGCCCGAGGCGCUGACGCGGCUGGGCGCGUGGAUCAACCGCCUCAAGCCUGGCGACGAGGGCUACGUCGACCACCGCAUCCCCUUUUCGGCCGACGGCCUGUAUGUGCACGCGCCUGUCGAAGUGCGCGUGGCCGACACGGCAGCAAAGCAGCAGCUCCGCAGGCGGGACAAGCCAGACUCGCUGUCGACGCGCCCCUUCCUCGACCCGACACCCACCGACACGCCCACGCUGUACCUUAACGCCACCAUGUACCGGCCGUACUACAAGGACCCGCCUGGUUUGGACCGCUACUACGAGGCCUUUGAGUGGCUGAUGCGCGACCUGGGCGGCAGGCCGCACUGGGCCAAGAACUUUGGCUCGGACCAUGCCGAGCUGGUAUCGGCCUACGGACACGACUUGGCCAAGUUCAACAAAGUGCGCGACGCAGCGGACCCGGACGGCGUGUUCGUCGGUCCUUGGCACCGCCGCUACCUGCUCGGCGAGGGUGCCGAUGCCCACCCCGAUCUUCGCCUUGAGGAGCACGAGAAGCGCCGAGCUCUGGCAACAGACUACACCGUCUUCAUCUCGGGCGCCGUCGGCGAAGCAGGACGGCACUGA